AUGAAGAGCUCGAGCAGUGUUAAAGAGGUGCAGCGCCUGACGGGGCGGAUUGCGGCCCUUUCCAGGUUUCUCCCUCAUUCGGGCGACAAGUCAGCUCUGUUCUUCAAAUGCCUUAAGAAAAACACGGCUUUUGAGUGGAGUCCAGAAUGCAAAGAAGCCUUCAAUCGCCUUAAAGAGAUGUUGUCUGCACCACUUGUUCUGUCAAAACCUGUCAAGGGCUUUCCCUUACAUUUAUAUUUCUCUGUCAGCGACCACGCAAUCAGCUCAGUAAUUCUUCAAGAGGUACCAAAAGAUAGAAAAGGCGGGGCUCGCCGUGCUCGUUACCGCCAGGCGCCUCAGGCCUUACUUGUAGAGCUUUCCGGUGAAAGUAAGAAUGACCUUCCUUUGAGACAGGUGUUGCAGAAGCCGGACUUAUCAGGAAGGCUUGUCGCGUGGUCGGUAGAGCUAUCGGAAUACGGUUUGCAAUAUGACAAGAGGGGAAAGGUAGGUGCGCAGGCUUUAACUGAUUUUGUGGUGGAAUUAACACCGGAAGUCGGCGAGAGGGUAAGUACGCAAUGGACGCUGUUUGUUGAUGGGUCAUCAAAUGAGAAUGGAAGCGUGGCAGGGGUCACGCUGCAAGGACCUGGGGAGUUAGUACUAGAGCAGUCUCUAAGGUUUCAAUUUAAAGCCAGCAAUAAUCAAGCAGAGUAUGAAGCUUUAAUCGCGGGUUUGAAGCUGGCCAUUGAGGUUCAAAUCGACAGUCUGCUGGUUAGAACAGAUUCACUGCUGGUGGUGAAUCAAGUGAAUGAGGUAUUCCAGGUGAAGGAGCCGGCCUUGAUAAAGUAUCUGGAGCGUGUGCGGCUCCUGAUGGGUCGAUUGCGGGAGGUCGUGGUUGAGUUCGUGCCAAGAACACAAAAUCAAAGGGCGGACGCCUUGGAAAAACUAGCAAGCACCAGGAAGCCUGGAAAUAAUCGGAGUGUGAUUCAAGAGACACUUGCCAAUCCAAGUAUAGAGGGAGUGUUGGUAGCCUCAGUUGAUCGCCAGGAGACUUGGAUGGACCCCAUCGUGGACAUCUUGGCAGGAGAACCAAGCGGGGUAGUGAAAUACACAAAGGAACAAAGGAGAGAAGCGGAGCAUUACACACUGCUUGACAGAACGCUUUUCCGAAGGGGAUUUAGCUCACCCCUCCUAAGGGGUCUACCGCUCGGGAAGUACGAGACCGUUAUGGCGGAGGUUCACGAGGGAGUUUGCGCCAGCCACAUAGGGGGGAGAUCCCUGGAAAGCAAGGUCCUCAGGGCAGGGUUCUACUGGCCCACGAUAAGAAAAGACUGCAGAAUUUGUGAAGAAAUGCAAAAAGUGUCAAAUGUUCGCAGACUUACCCAAAGCCCCGCCAGAGCAGGUGGCCACAAUCAGCUCGCCAUGGCCCUUCGCCAUGUGGGGAGUUGA